GAGGAAAGAGCAGCCUCAACCCAGCAGCAUAUCAACCGUACGGUGGCAAGUGGGUUCGGGUCUUUGAGGAUGCCUGGUUACCUACUUCUCCGCCUUCUAUUCCUUCACGUCGUCCCGGCGCUCCCCUUUCUUCCCCAUUUGUUGCAGCCAGGGAGUCGGACUUGGAAUAUGGCGGCCCUUCGUUUAUUCUUCUCGGCUGAAACAAGUAAGAUCAUCUCCUCUAUUCCCUUGCCAAAGGAACCUGUUCCUGAUGAAUUAAUUUGGCAUUUUGAUCCUUCGGGGACUUUCCAAGUUCGUUCAGCUUAUCAUCUUGCCUUUCAAUUACAACGUUCUGAGAUUGGUCGUCCUAGAGUAAAUCAGGUUGAUCGUGAGCUUUGCUUAUGGUUAUGGACUUUAAAAUUACCUCAGAAACUAAUCUUCUUUGUUUGGCAAUGUUUGAAUCGUAUCCUAUCGACAAGAGAGGCUUUAUUUCAGCGAGGAAUGAACAUCCUUCCGUUCUGCCUGGUUUGUGGUCGUAAGGUUGAAAGUUUAGAGCAUAUGUUCUUCACCUGUCCUUUUGCUCGCCGGCUUUGGAACUUGGUGGGUUUACGGUCUGAGUAUCAAUCAUGUGAUAAGAGGUUGUUCGCAGGGUUCUUUUGGGCGGUUCUUUUUGACCGGCGCAAUGCAGAACGCAAUUCUUACUUUACUUUGCAGGUGAUUGCUAUGUUAUGGAGAAUUUGGAAAAACCGGUGUUGUGUUCUCUUUGAGAACCAAAAGGCUCCUUUGGUGACGAGGGCUGCGGAGUGGCACCAUCAAGUGAAUGAAAUUGAGACGGCAUUCUCCAUUACUCCAAUCCAGCAGCACGUUGGUUUUUCAGCCCCAGCUCCUCGGAAGCAUUUAUCGCCUCGUUUUCAUGCUUGCUUUGAUGGUGCAACUGGGCGUGGUUGAUUCCGGGGCUGCUUCUUUUGCAAUUUGUGAAGGUUCUUUUGAUGAUGUGAAUGCAGCUCCGUUAGCUGCAACGAGUACAAAUUAUCCAGGGAUUGCGGAUGCUCAUGUCUUGAAAACUUUGGCACUAAGAGAUUGCAUAAGGGAGUGUGCUCGUAGGCAUUUGACUCCUCUGCUAAUUACGGCUGAUGCUAAAGUGAUCAUGGACAAGUGCUUGGUUGGGGAUGUCAAGAAUUCAAAGGUGGGUUCUAUUUUGCGUGAGAUUAGAUCUUUACUGGCUGGUUUCAGUGGAAAUUGUGAGCUGCGAUUUGUAGGUCGUCAUAGAAACAGGGUGGCUCAUUUAGUGGCCAAAAAGUCCCUGAGUUUGUCGCCUCGGGUCCUGUCGAGGUUCGACUAUGUGUCUUGGUUACGGAGUUUGUAAUUGAUGUUGUAUGGAUCUUAUCUUCCUCUCCCCGGAGAUGGUUUGAAUGGCAAAAAAAAAAAAAAAAAAAAC